UUUUGACAAACAAUGAUGUCAAGUGACCGGAUCACCCUUAAAAUUGGUCCGCCUUUACUAUUUUCUUUUCCCGGCGAAGUCCGCGGUUUCUAUUUGGUAUCUGCAUUUCUCCACCAGGUAUUUUUCAAUUCCAUUGUGAGUGCCCACACAAGUGGCUCUGUUGUAUAUGGCCUAGUCAUACUUCUCAGUUCUCACUCUCACUCCGUAGAAAGAACCCUAGAAUCAGAAUUCUCCGUCUAUGUUGCAGAAGCAGCUACCUCCCCCCAUUGAGGCCUCUUCCGAUGAAGAGCAACGACCUUCCUCCAAGCAACACACAGAAGAAGGAGUUUCCUCUUCAGAAGAAGCUUCUUCCCAAGAAGAAGACGACGACGACCAACCUCCCACCCUUCCUCUCGCUUCCGCAAACCCCCACCCGAAACCGUCGUCCUCCGACUCCGACACCGACUUCGAGCCCACCAAAGUAAAACCCAAGCCCACGGACCAGGCCCAGAAGCCCCAGCCCUCACCCGCGCCGCCCAAAUGGGGAUCCAAGCGCCCUGCCCAGAACAACGCCCCUGCCACUGACCCGAAACGCGCGAAGAAGAAAUUGACCAAUUCUUCUUCCGCCGCUGCCGCCCACGAGACGGAGGAGAAGUCCGGUGGCGGCCAAGCGAAGUUGUCUCAGAGACUCUUCAGCAAGGAAGACGAACUCGCCAUUCUUAAGGGCAUGGCUGAGUUCAUUUCGAAGACGGGCCAAGACCCUUACAAGUACGCCGAUGCCUUCCAAAAUUUCGUUAAGAAUUCGCUCCGCGUGGAGGCUUCGAGCAACCAGAUCAAGGAGAAGAUCCGACGGCUGAAGAAGAAGUUUGAAACUAAAGCACAGAGAGCGAAGAAAUGGGAGGACCCUGAGUUCUCCAAAUUUCACGACCGGACUGUGUUUGAAUUAUCAAAGAAGGUUUGGGGAGAAGGAGCCAAUGGGCUGGUGGAGAAGCCAAAACCUAAUAAUGGAAAAAGAAAAACUGCCAAGACUCCAAAGAAGGAUGCUACUAGCAGGAAUGUAGUAGCAAAAUCUGAAACUACAACACUACUGGAGUCGAUGGAGUUGGAGGAGUGUGGGAAUGUAAAUUUGCUUUACCGCGAAGUAUCUGGUUUCAAAGAACUGAAUGAGGAUGAGAUGAAGAGGGGAUUGGCGUUAAUUGGAGAAUCUAAGAGGAAAGAGUUGGAGGGCAAGUGGAGGAAAUUGCGACUUGCUGAGAUGGAACUGGUUGCGAAUCGCUCACUACUUAUUGGGGAGCAGAUUAAGUUGAUAUUUGAAGCACUUCAGUAAUCCAACAACUAGGGUUUAUUGUGUUAGGUAUCACUUUUUGCCUUUUCGGUACUGCCUGCCAUAUGUAUUGUGGAUCAUUGUAAUUUUGUGUCUAUGGUAUUGAUAUAGUCUUUUUUAUUAAGUAGGCAGUGUUGUUUAGUUGUUGGCCUUGUGAAAAUGUGCCGCAUAGUCGUCCAUUUCAGGUUCUCUUUUUCAAUUAAGAUGUGCCAUCAUUAACUCCAGAAAAUGCCGAAAUUAAACACUUACCAUUUUGUGUAGAUAUAUGAUGGACACAUCAUGGUUAUGUGUACGUUUCAGAUCACCGCUACUUACGUGAAAGGCAAUAUUGCUCUGACUUAGAAAGUUUUUAGUCUUGA